UCGUUGACCUGUUCGGUGCUGUUGGUUCUGCGUUUGUGUAGUUUUUCAUAAACAAAAAAGUGUAUCUAUUGUGCUCAUCGCAUUUUUCCUCCCUCUGUUACCGCGCUAUCGUCGUCAGCCGGUGGUUUUCACUGUGAGAAUUGUGUACAGUUUGUAGGCUUAGCAGUUCAGGCGUUUGUGCAAUAUCGUUGUUUUGUUCAGCACGUUCCCUCGUAUUUUGUGUGCUGUGAUUAUUCCGCUGACUGCAGAAAGCUUGAAAUUGUAUCAAAACAUAAAGCGACGAAGAACAGUUCAGUAACAAGUUGUUGGCGAUAUAAAUCCGGUAAAACGCAAGGCGUCAGCCUUCCGGAAUCAGUGUUAUUUCAUUAUCAAGUAUUAUAAAAUUGAUCACUGUUAGUUUUUUGAAUAGUGUGUCGAUUUUCCACAAUUUUUAUAUGUAAGCUUAUGUAAUUUUCUAUUAGUUUCAAUUUUUACUUACCUACUUCUCAAACCGAUCCGUUCAUGUGCUAAAAAAGUUCUUUGUUCCAAAUGGAGUGUAAUAAUAAGCGAUAGAAUAAUAAUACAUCCAAACCGUAAUUUGUCCUUGAACUUAUAUCCAGACGAUAGAAGGCACCACAAAAAUACAAAACAAAACAUUGCGUGUUUCCCGUUAGAAUCAGUGUCUAUAGGGAAAAUUCUCUACUCGUAAGGCGUAGUUAUUGGCGCGGGUGUGAAGAUGGGUGGAGAGGAUAGUGUUCAUCAAAACGACAGCAUUGGCAAGCAAGCUUUGACCGGCGAUGAAAAGCUUUUGGCUCUGAAGCAGCAGCUGGUGAAAAGACCGUUGCCGGAUGAGUCCGGAGGAGGAGCGGUAACAUCAAUCACGAGUUCGGCUGCGAUCCCAACCGCUGACGGUGGUAACGAGAGCAGCAACAAUAGUCUGGUUGAUUCGCGAGGUUGCGCCAAGCCGGUGAAAAAGUUAUGGUUCCGUGGAGUACGGCCGUCCAAAUUUCGCCACGUGUACGGUCUACCAACGCGGAAGGAAUGCUGCUACACCGACAUCAGCGUAGUCCGCAGCGGCAACGAUGGCAACUUUUGCGCUGUAAAUCCCACAUUCCUGGCGAUCGUCGCGGACACCACGUUCGUGGUGAUACCGAUCAACCAGACCGGACGCAUUGACUUUCAGUGCUGCAAAGUGAUUGGUCACACCGGACAGAUAUUGGAUCUCAAGUGGAACCCUUUCGACGACAACAUGAUCGCUUCCGCGUCCGAUGAUUGUACCAUCAAACUAUGGAAGAUCCCGGAGGGCGGCCUCACAAGCAAUCUGAGCGAAUGUUCGAUCGAGUUAGUUGGCCAUAAGCGCAAAGUUUUGCACAUUGAGUGGCACCCGACGGCGUCCAACGUGCUAAUCAGUGCCGGAUUCGAUCACCUAAUCUGCGUGUGGGAUGUAGGCAAUACCGACAAACCACUGCUGAACGUGGUCAGCUGCCACGUGGACAUGAUCUAUAGCUUGGCAGUUAGCAGAGACGGGUCGCUAAUCGCGACGACCUCCAAAGAUAAGAAACUACGGAUUAUUGAGCCCCGGAGUGGGAUUGUGGUUUCGGAGGGGACAUGUCACUUGGGAACCAAGUGUUCGAAAGCCGUUUUCCUGGAUAACAACCGAAUUUUGACGACUGGAUUUUCUCGACAUUCGGACCGCCAGUAUGCCGUAUGGAACCAGCAUGAUUUAAAGAAACCACUGGCACAGGAAGUAAUCGACAGUUCGAGCGGAGUGGUAACACCAUACUUCGACUACGACACCAAGAUGAUCUAUCUGGCCGGGAAAGGUGACGGUAACAUACGGUACUACGAAGUAGUAGACGAACCGCCGUACGUGUACUAUCUGAAUCAAUUUCUAUCGGGUCAACCCCAAAAGGCGUUGGGUUUUAUGCCGAAGCGAGGCGUAAAUGUAUCUCAAUGUGAAGUGUUUCGCUUUUACAAACUACACGCUACUGGGAACAUUUGCGAACCAAUCUCGAUGAUUGUGCCACGCAAGUCAACUCUGUUUCAGAAUGAUCUCUAUCCGGACACACUGGCGAACAUUCCGGCGAUUGGGGCCAAGGAAUGGUUCCAGGGUCGGAAUGUGCAACCGAUAUUGAGGUCCAUGAAAACUGGUGAAUCAAUUGUGGAGACGGCCAGCCAGAAGAACCGCACAGAAAGUAGGACUAGUAUUGUUGGUCUCAACAAUAAGCACAUUUUGAACAGUCAUCAUGGUAAUCACAAUGGAACUCACAAUAACAGUCAUAGUAAUAUCACCAACGGUACUGCAAACAAUGGUAACUAUACAAACGGUGGCAGUGUAGGACCAAUGGUCAAUGGAAAAAGCAACAAAGAGAACGAAAUCGACAACCGAAAGCUGGAUAACAAUACAAAGAAGUUUGCAUUCCUAUCACAGCCAACAAUACCGGAUUAUAGGUCACAGACGAUCAUCGAGAAAAGUCAGAAAACCACGACAAACCAGAGUACAAAGUUCCACCAGUUGCAGGCAAUUUUUGGACAACAUCAGACGGCUAAUAACAAGGACAUUACCAACCUGCAGAACAAUCUGUUAAGCAGUUCAAGGAACAGCUCGCGUAACAAUUCACUGGAGAAUAUCAACCUGUUGAACUCAGAGAAUGAGCUCCGAAAGGCAUUUAGCAAGCAAACGGAAGAAAUUAAGAGCCUGCGAAAGUCCCUCAACAACUCCGAGAAGCGGGUGCGAGAGCUGGAAGCGGAAGUUAAACGAUUACAGCUACAACUGAAGCAUUAGUUAUCAUAAGAUAACCGUCUCGUUUUCUUCGUCAACAAUAUGGAUACCAAUCGUGAAAAAAGGAUCAACCAGUAGAAUUAUAUUUUUCCACUUUCUCUAAAUUAGUAAUUCCCGAAUAACUAUAGCUGUAGCGCUCAGUACGAAGCAGGUAAUUCGUACUGAAGCGGUGUAUUUAAGAAAAACUACACAACUAUAUAUUCGAGUGCUUACAACUGGAAACAUAACACAGUAUUUAAACCAUUCUCAAGCUAACUACUUAUCAAAAUAGCGCGUUUAAGAGAUAACAACCCCAUCGCUCUCUCGUUUUUGGAACAAAAAGGGUGCUAAUGAUGCAUUGCAAUGUGCAUUACCCGAAUCAAGGAACCCACAAGACUACCAUUUCCGGAUGGCCAAACUAAACUCAACUGAGACAGAGCGAGUGCUUUUAUUAUCGCUUACCGUUCAAACAGAUGUUGCUACUAGUGUAUCAAAGCUAGAAUACUUGGACGAUUCUUCGCUUCAUGCUAAUCAGUACAGCAAAAUUCAGCCAAGACAGGUAAAAUAUGUGAUUUGUGAUUACAGAACAAGAAAAAAACAAUUAGUAAAAUAAACCGUCUACAAUAGGAUAAUAAUAAUAAACAUAGUAAUAAGCAAUAGCAGGUAAGACUUUCCCCCUAAUUGUAAAGUAACCGAACCAAGCCGUGGGUGUAAUAAAAGACAGUCAAACGACACAAAAUAAUUAGAAGUGACAAAACAGCAGCACAAUGUGAGUGUUACCAAACCGACGGAUAACAAAAAAUAUCAGUACUGGCUUCAGCAAGGUCCAUCCUGAAUGUGGGCUAGGCUUGGUGAAGGCAAUGACAGUGAGAGCCUGCUGUUUAUUGGUUUGUUUACUCGAUCGACUUGACUAAUCAAUGGAAUGAUGAACUAUUGCAUUAGCAAAGGGCUAAAAUUAUGUAGAUUUUAACAUGUUUUCUUACAUUUUGAAACUGUGAUUUCUUUGGUCAAUCCAGAAUAAAUAAAAUCGUUUUGUUUUUUAUUAGUACACUCCUUCGUGCGGAACUGUUGUAGUUCAGAACGCAACAAUUCUUUCUACUUUUAAAAUUGGGCUGUUAUUGAUUCCUACACAUUUUUGUUUACUUACAUUAUUUUCAUGGCGCUUCUAGUUGUUAGAUACUUGUUGUGAAUUUAUUACGUUUAAGUUUUCAAUCCUUCAUCCUCUACAUUCUUGUGCGAACAAUGUAAUAUAACUAGUGCUGUAUUUUGUUACCUGCAUAAAGCCAGUAUCAAAUAGGUGCUCGGUAAUGAUAAAAUGACCUCACUCGGGAGCAAGACAACUUUUUUUCUGCCAUUAAACACUUUCUUAGUUUCUAUUUUUUAAUACACUAUAGACGGUUGUUACUUUUUUAUUUCCGAUCCAUUGCUAUUAUGGAUUAAUUUCUUUUACUUGAAAUGCCGACUAAACUGUUCCCACUGGACACAACAAGACACGUAAAAGUAAUGAGAAAAACACUAAAAUAAAUCGCAUAUGAAUCAAACAUUCGACUUACAACUACCAUAGUUUCUAUCUGCGGCAGAAACUUUUCAUAUUGUGUGCUACAACAACUGCUCAUGAUCAAUACCCAAUAAUGGCAUUUAAAAAAGAACAAUUUCAAGAUAUCGAUAAUUUCGCACAAAGCAGAAAUAUACUGAUAUAUUUUACCAUAAAUAGACAUGCUUUUGUAAACGUAAUUAAACCUACAACUACAAUAAUCCGGCGGAAAUCGUGAACAAUGAAAACACAGUCUUUAAUUAGUCGCAAAAGCUGUAGAUCUAAGUGAAAUGAGGAAUAAUAAAGAUAAGAGCAAGCAAUGUUCGAUGUAGCAAAGCAUGGAAA